UUUCCACUUACACUCCUCUCCUCCUCGAGCUAGGCAAUGGUGGCUCCUGCGACUCUCACCCUCGGCCCAUCCGCUGGCUUUUCGCCAAACCAAACUAAAGUGCCCUCCUUCAACCGUAGGCCUUCGUUUCCCCUCCCUCCCAACUCCUCCCACCUCAAAGCCAGAAGCAGCAGAGGAAGCAUUCCCCGCCUCCAGGAAAAGCUCUACUUUUCCCCCCUCCCUACCGUCGGAGCUGUGGCCGUGGACUCCGAUCGGCUCGGAUUAUCGGAGCCUGCCCAAGAGGAAAAACCAAGGAGGUACUACUUUGUGGUGGCCAAUGCAAAAUUCAUGCUCGACGACGAGGAACACUUCAAGGAGUUACUGUAUGAGCGGCGCCGAAACUUUGGGGAGCGUAACAGGGAGCAGGACUUCUGGCUUGUCAUCGAGCCCAAGUUCUUAGACAAGUUCCCUGGCAUUGCCAAGCGAUUAAAUAGACCUGCUGUGGCUCUUGUCUCCACAGAUGGACCCUGGAUGACGUUUAUGAAGCUGAGACUGGACAGGGUUUUAGCAGACAGCUUUGAAGUAGACACUCUAGAGGAAGCUCUUGCCUACAACUCCAUCGAUCUAAAUUUCGAGAAGCCAGAAAAGUGGACGGCACCAUAUCCAAAAUACGAGUUCGGAUGGUGGGAGCCCUUUCUGCCACCAGGCUCCAGCAAAAGCUCAUCAUAGAUCCAACAUUUGGUCUCAACACAAUCUCUAGUUUGUUGCAUGUAGCAGCGUAUUUAAGCUAAAUUGUCCAGGUUUUGAGUGGUCUUUUGUUUCCGAUUAUAUAGAACUUCCCCAGCUUUCAAUUACUGUUAAAUGGUUUGGACAAGAAGUGGAGAAAUUAAAGAGAACAGCUAUUGCUGAUCGAAUUCUCUGUAA